AGCGGGCGACGAGCAACCGCAGCCAGCAAGCGAACGAGGGCCAGCGCAAAGCAAAUCAGUCAGCCAGAAGACAUCCGAUCGGAACAUCCAGCCAGCAGCAGCAGCAUUAGUAGCAGUAGCCAGCAGAGAGAAGUAUCGAAUCUUUGUGCGCACAGCCAGUAGUCAGUGUAGCGAAGAAGGAAGGAAUUUUUUAGUCUCUAUACUAGUGUGUGGUGUGUCGUUGGGAAGAGAAAAAUACGAAAGAUACCUGUCGUAUUUUGGCCUUUAUUGGAAUUGUGGUGCAGUGAAAAAGUGUGGGGCUUUUAUUAUUGUAGCGCGUAGCUUCCCGGCAUUACGGAAAAAAGGGAAGCAAUCAACCGGAAGUCUCCUCGGGAAUUGGCUAGUGAUUCCCCAGCGAAGAAGGGCAGAGUAGAAGGUGCAUUUCACAUCGAGUCGAUUCGCGGUUGUUGGGUGGUGCUCGUUACAAUCGGCAAAAGUUAGUGCCUGCGAGAAGAGGGUAAUCUGAAGAUAAAUCGGUCUCUUUGGUUUGCCGAGUGUAGAAUUCGAAAAAUCGAAAAAAGUAACCCGAGUGUGAAAGAUAUUUUUGUGGUGCUUGCUCGAGCUAAAAAGUCUUUACCGAAUUCGGACGUAAAAGUUUCGCCAGCAAGCUAGCAACUCCGUGCACAAUUUAAUUGUUCCGAUAAGCCGUCAGCCACAGCAGCACCCUUCAAAAUGGUCAUCAAGGUCUACAUCAGCGGAAUGUCCGGCAGCAAAGAAGUCAAAAAACGGCAGCAGCGAGUCACAAUGAUCAUGGACAGCAAAAGCAUCCCCUACAGCAUAGUGGACAUUACCGAGCCGGGCCAGGAGGAGGAGAAGGACUUCAUGCAGAAGAACUCGCUGCACAACGGAGCCACCGUCAGUGAUCAGACCCCGCGGCAUCCGCUUCCCCCGCAGAUUUUCUCCGACGGCGAGUACUGCGGAGACUACGACGACUUCGACCUGGCCAACGAGAUCGACAACCUGGAAGUGUUCCUGAAGCUGGAAGCACCGAAGGAAAACGUCGCCCCGAGUGAGGUGAGCCCAUCGCCGGCGGUUGAUCCGCACAAAAACGGUACCAGCACCGAACCUGCGCAGGACCAGGCCCCGGCUGUUGUUGUUGGGGAACAGGAUGAGGCGCCGAGCAAGGAAGACGACGGCGGCGAUGGCGAUGAGGACAAAGAAAACAAGACUGAACAAGAUGAGCAAACGAUAGCGAGUGACGACGCUGAAAUAAAAUCAGCUGCCGAAUCAACGAGCCUUGAAGUUGAAAACCCGCAGAUCGAACAAGACACUUCGAUGAAAGCCGAAUCAGACGUCGAAACAAAACACGAACUAAACGAAAGUGGGAACAGUGAUUCCAUGCAGCUCGACGACGACGACGACGAAGAAGUUGAGAAGUCACCUGCUAAGGAAGACGUAGUAGCAGAAGUUGACGAACGACCUAAAGUCGAGACAACGGAAAAGCAAGAACUUAUCGAUGGAAAGAUCGACGAAGACACAACCGACAGAAAAAUUCAUCAAGACACGCUUGAAAACGUCGAUGAACCCUUUGUGGAACGAUCUGCAGAAAUCGAUUUGGAGACAGCCAAAGAUCCUCCGCUAGAAGUUGUUGAUGAAAAUAUUCUGGAAGAACAAUCUGAAGAACCGAUGUUGAUCGAUGAACAAGAGAUUGAUUCAGCACAUAACACCAAAGAAGUAACGCAAAAGGAGGACGAAGAUGAUAGUGUUAAAUCGGAUAGUGAAAGCGAGGAUGAGGAAGUCGAUUCGGUAAAAGAAGUUUUGCCUAAGACCCUCGAUUAUGGAAGUGUUGGUGCGGACACUUUGCAGGUUCAAAGUUCGCUGGAAAUUGACGAGGACGAGGACGAUGAGCAGGAGCAAAAGGCCACCGAUGCCGCCGCAGCCGGAGAUGACUCUGAGGAACAGGAACAGCGGGAGCUGCUCGAGGCUGCCGACGCCAUGGGCCAGCGGGAAGACGCCGCGGAUGAUCAGCAACAGCAGCAGGAUGAUGACGUCGAAAUCGCCGAAGAGGAGGAAGUUGCGAGCAAGCUAGUGGACGGCGAUGAGCCCAUGCAGGCCGAGCAGGAACAGGAAGAAUAAACGAUCUUUAGCAGCUGCUAGCUAAGCCUUGGGUAUAUCGAAGCGGCUGACAUGAAAGAAUCGUGGAUAUUCACACUGAUAUUAACUCACACCCACAACACACAAACCCAUACAUACGUUUCAACCCAUUCAAUGAGAUCGUGUUCUGCUUCUUGAACACCCAUUGAAUGCCUUACUACAACUGUACUGUUUUUAUGUAUACACUCACAAUUUUCACGCAUUGUACUUUUAAAAUCCACUUCAUAUUACUAUUAAGAUAAGGGAGAAGAUGUACGAACGUAAGGUUGAAUAUACAAAAGCAAUCAUAAGACCGAAAAAGAUAAGUUAAAAAGAACAGGAGACUAAAAGAGAGAACUAAUUAAAAAAAAAACAACACGAGAACAAAUUUUAGACAAAAAAGUAUGACUUCACUGUUACUAGUUUUUGUGUCCUGUUAGGAGUAAGCGAAACAUUGUAACAUUUCUCUGGCUGGCGCAAGAACAAAAACUUAAAAGCAACUGCAACGAAUGCGGAUAUUUUGGCUGACUCGCAAUGACGACUUAAAUUGUUAGGAAGAAUGAAACUUAACUACACUUUUACUGUAACUACUAGGGACAAUUAUUUUGAAAAAAGAUCAGGGGAGCAGAAUUUCGGAUGAUCGAAACUCGAAAUUGGCUGGAGCGCAGCGACUGGCUUUCUAGUCGAGCGUAUCUAUACCAACACAAAUCCCUCUGAGCGAUAGAUCUAUAGGUUAAAUACUGUUCUAUAAUGAAAUAAAUUUCUUAAAAACAUA